UGGUUUAAAAUUAUUUAUCAAGAAUAUAACCACUUCGUUAUUUGGUAGGUACAUACACCGUUUUAGCUUCCAAAUAUAUUCUGUAUAAAAUAAAGUUAAAAAUUUCACACGAUUACAGGAAAUUAAAAAUGUCAAAUAUGAUGAAUAAAAGGAAAACAGUAAGAUUUAUAUAUUAGUAAAGUGUAAUUAUAGUUGAAUAUGUGCACAGUAAUCGAUUGUAUUAAAUUUAAAAGCCCGCGCAAACGGAAUAACUAUCCAGCCAAUCAGUGACUCCGUUACAUUUUCAAACCUACGCCGGGACAUCUAUAUAUUUGCGUGUCCCCUGCUGUAUCCCCACCAUUCGGAUAGCAGCUCCCAGCGUUGCUUUGCGUCGGUCGACGGGUAACCAGCCGUGGGGUCACCAGAUAAAUUAUGUCAAACGGAGUAGUGUUACGAACGUGAACGAUUAACAAAAUUUGUGGUGUUCAUAGACGAAAGUAUUGUCAAGUGCGCGAUAUUAUACAGUUUCAAUGUGGUUUCUAUGGAACUCACCAAGUGACUGUCUCCAAUAGACUUCCGUUAAAUUAGUGUUACCUUUGAAUGAUCGUCCACGAACGUGUACACUCGUAUUGUCUUUUUGUACAAAUGCACGCAUCUGUACUUAUUUCUUCGAAAAAGUCAUGCUGACCCUACAACAUCAAUUGGAGCAGACGAGAUCGCCCGAAAAUGGGGUUGAAAAGACGUCGUAACAAAGCCGAGCAUCCACGAAGCGAUUAAUUCGAGUUAGCGUGAAGGUGUGCAGAAGAAAAUGAUGACUACCAUGGCCAGGUUGCCUUGCAAGCAAACUUCGCCUUCGCAGCAACCGCGGUUCAAUAAUUUUGGAAACAGCCGAAAUCCCUACUGGGAGAUGCAAACUAGGCAUCCUGCGCCUCCUUACGUCAGGAAUCAUCAUCGGCACACAGAUCACACAGGGAAGCGGAAGAGCGCGGUGGAGCUACUUCAGGAAACGAAGGCCUUGUACGUGAAGAGCGAGACUGUACUGGACCGGAAGCAGGAGCUGAAGAACAGCGGUCAUCUUCAGGUGUCGCAAUUGAAUGCAGCCAGUGCGCCACCCAGACUGCUGAGAAAAUGCGGUAAUACCUCGACCUGUUCCUUGCAACCGACGUCGCCGUCGCCGUCGCCGUCGCAGUUCCCACCUUCUUCGUUGACACCUCCUUGUUGCUGGGCAUCCUGCCACGAACAGGAUAAACCAGACGGGAUACUGAGUCCUCAACAAACACUGCCACCCGCGCUGCCACCCAAGAGUCCACGCCUGAUUCCAGUUCCGCAGAGGCGUACGAUUUCAGGGCCGCCGAGCAGCACCGGUGGAGAUCAGCUCCAGACGAAAUUACGUCGAUUAUUAAACACCGACAGCAAAGAGAACGUAUUCUUCCCAGACAGCAGCCCGACCCAGACUGUCGUGCAGUCGAACGGUGUUACUCAAGAAGAAAAAUUUCGCUAUUCUCCUGGAAGCUUGUCGCCAAAUUUUCGCGACGAAGAUCGUGGAAAGCAUUGUUUGCAGCAGGAUGCCCGGUUCAAGUUCGGCCGUAGCAACUCGCAUUCGCACACCUCUGGAAGGGCUGCGAGAAAGUCGACCAGUUCGCAAUCGGUGGAGAACACAGUCUGUCACAAAUCUUUGCCCGACCUGCAUACAAGCACGCGACGAAGAGCAUCUCUUUCGCCACGCGCAUCGACCAAUUCGUCCAAACCACCAGGACAUCAUCAAACAGCGAGCAAUUGCCCGGAUUGCGAAACUAGUUCCGAUUAUUCUGAGCACAGUUUUAAACGGGACGCGGUUUGCUAUCGCAGGUGCUUUAAUCAUCAUAACAUCUCCAGACACAUUAGACGUUCCUUCGGUUCAGGUGGUGGCGAUGCCAGCAGCGUAUUAUCCUCGGGUGGUCGAACACAAAAAUCAUCAGGUUCCAGCAAAUUGAGCCAUGGAGCAACAGCGAGAGAUUCAGGUGGUUCGUCGGGGCAUUGUACGCAUCGUAGCGAACCUCCUCCAGUGAUACAGGACUGUUGGAGUCAUAUACGCCGUGACAGUGGUGCAUCUACCCAACACUCGACGGAAAAGGAUCGUUCAAGAAGAGGUAGCUACGCUAACGGUACACCACCAUCCGUUGUAAGACACUACAGUCCUGACUCGGAGAGCAGCAACAGUCAAACGGAUUAUAGUCCGACGUGUAACUCAAGGUUUUCCGAUGGUUGGAAAGAAGGUCGUGGUCGACCAAUAUUGAGAUCGAAAUCAGACAUUAGUGAUCGCUAUUGGCGUCAAGAUAAUGGUCGAUCUAACAAAGUACCUGCCCGACCUCCUCGGUCAAUUACUCAGCUCGAGAGCUUCUUCGAUUGUUUGGGCCUCGAUUCGGAUAAUUUUCAACGUAUCACGGAGCCAGAUUCGAAGACGUCGUCUCCUGUAUUUUUUGAUAGCGUUAGCUCGGUUGAUUCAGCCCUUGGUCUUUACUCUUGGGCUGGGAACAAUCAAACAAAUCAGGGUAGUCAAUGGCAAAACAAUGAUUGUAGCGUUGGCAUGGGCAACGACGAUUGCAACCAAAGGGCCAGCGAUCCUCCAAGCAUCGUCGAGCGGAAUGCUCGAAUAAUCAAGUGGCUUUGUCAGUGUCGGAAAGUACAGUUUGGAUACAGUUAAACAACGAGUUUAGAGAAAUGACAAUCCAUUAUUUUUUCAUUUACAGUAGCAUGCGUUUGAAGAAUCAACGAAGGUAUACUGUUUCAUUUCUUUUUCUUAUCAUCUUGCCAACUGAUAGUCUUUACGCGUUGCAAGAAACCUUUUGCUUUACUUUUAAAUUCGCUGAAAGAUUCGUUUCUUGCUUUCCAUUUCCAGUUACUAGUGCUGCAACGAGCAGCAUCUUAAUUUAUAGUCCCUUUUCCUUUUUUCUUUUGUCUUUUUUCUUUUUUAUUUCAGAUGAACAUGUGCCAUCUACUUUUAUAUAACUUGUUAUUGCAUUCGCGUUGUGUCUUUGCUGUCGAAUUGUCACCGAAAGCAUAUUCGAUGUGACGUUCUAUUUUAAUCGACGCAUCCGCGUCAAAAAUUUGUACAUACAAUUAGUAGAAAGUAGAAAUUAUCGAAUAUUUUCAUACCUAUAGUCGUGUAGCUUUUUGCUUAUUCGAACAGUUUUCAUUUUACCGGAAAAAAUUUAUUGUCGUACGUUAAUUCUGUUAAAUUUACAACGAACCUGUGGUACGUAUUUUGUACCAUAGCUUUGUGGUUGAUUAGUUAAAGUUAUGUAUAAAAAUUAGGAAAUUUAUUGCAAUGUUUUGCAUUUGAAAAUUGUAAAUGAAUCGUUUUCAAAUUGGAUCGUUAUAGCAUUUAUAUUAAGCCUUUUGUACUAGAAACGGCAGAUUUAUUUUUUCUUACGCUUUCAUUUUCCAUGUUACACAUUUUAAUCAUUAAUUAAUGUUAUUUUCUAAUUAAAUAGGAAUUGACAGGAUGGCAUUAUGAUUGUAUCAAAAGACAGAUUUUUGUUGUCCAAUAGUGCAGAAUAAUUGCUGUGUUUUCAAUAGAGUUAUCAUAGUAGCAUUAGUUCAAACUCAUUAAUGUUUUUUC